ACGCCUAUUUCCGGAUACAAACCGUACUACGCAUGCGCGAAAUUGAAUCCCGUGGCGGGGAAUCAGGACGACAACAAACUUUUAUGAUAUUGAUAACAUUCAAACGCAGCAGAGGACAGCUUUUAUUGUUACUUACAUUAUUUGUAAUAUCUGAAGUCGAAGAUGGUUGAAGGUCCGGGCUGUACAUUAAACGGAGAGAAAAUCCGUUCUAAAGUCCAAAAAGGGCAAAAACUGAAGGAGAUCAAAGGCAGUUUGACAACAUCCACCAGAAACAACUCCGAGGGAAAUGCCUUCCACAGGUUUAAUGGUUGUCCGUACACUGGAGUUGAAACUCUGGGCAAGGAGCUCUUCAUGUACUUCGGUCCAAGAGCGUUGAGAGUCCACUUUGGUAUGAAUGGAUCAAUGCGUAUAAACCCUGCUGAGAGGAAAGAGAGGACUGGCUCCGUACCAGUGCUGGAAAUACACCUGACUAACGACAUUGUGCACUUCUUUGACAGCACUGUGGAAAUAAGGUUGACAGAGGACUGUGAGCAAAGGGUGAGGGCCAUGGAGAGUCUGGAUGUGUGCUCCUCCAAGUUUGGCUUCUCCCGCUCUGAGGAGGCAGUGAGGAGCCAAAGUAGCAGGAUGCUCUGUGACGUUCUCCUAGACCAGGCUGUCAUGCCAGGAGUCGGCAACAUCAUUAAAAACGAAGCCCUGUUUGACUCAGGCCUCCACCCAGCCGUGAAGGUUCAACAGCUGACAGACGAGCAGAUCCACCACUUGGUGAAGAUGACGCGUGAUUUCACUCUUCUGUUUUACAAGUGUCGCAAAUCUGGCUCUCCUCUCUACAAACAUUACAAAGUCUACAAGCGUCCCCAGUGUGGCCAGUGCUUUCAUGUCAUCACAGCCUGUCGGCUUGGAGACAGCGGCCGGAUGACUUACUUCUGCCAGAGCUGUCAGAAGGGAGAUCCCAGCGGGGUUGACAUCAGUAAGCUCCCAGUCAGAAACAGUUUGAUUGGCUGGGCCUACAAUGAGAGAACCAAUGACAACGUGGCUAAGAAGGAGGAAGAGGACUGGGCCUGUCAACUCUGCACGCUCAUCAACCAGCCAGCAGCAAAAGCCUGUGAUGCCUGCCUCACUCCAAGACCUGAGGUCUACAAAGAUGACGAUAACACUGAGGCAUCACCCUUCAACACUGAUUUGAUUAAAUACCCCUGCACUGCCUUCAAGAAGCCACAAGAGGAGCUCAAAGUCAACUGGAGGAGUGCAUUCGGCACUUCCACCCUUGUUUUCUCUGACUUGAGCAAGAAGCCAAAGCCUGUAAACUCCCCACUCUCCCCAGCCGGCAGUCAUUUGAAUUCCUUGGCGGCAGAGCGAGGUUUAUAUAAAUACAGCGUCUGCCAAGGGACAACAAGCCCCAAUUACGCCUCUGGUGGCUGGCAGAGGCAAAGUGCCGAGCUCUCCAAUGGGGAAUCACUGGCCUCCUACAGUCACCCGUCCAAGAAAAUGAGAAUUGAUCACAGUCCCUUUCCCGGUAACAAUGCUCAAAAUGGAGCCCCCAACUCAGGUAUGCGCAAACUAGAAGCGACAAGCCACAGCUCCUGCAUUUCUUCCAGUCCCAGUGUCCCUUGUUGUGCUUCCCAUCGUCGUCCAGCUGUCCUCAGAGCCGUCCACAAGGAGGGGGAGAAUAAGGGACGACAGUUCUACGCCUGCUCGCUUCCCAGAGAGACCAAAUGUAACUUCUUUGAGUGGGCUGACUUGCAUUUCCCUUCUUGUCACCAUGGGAAACGCUGUUUAAUGAGGACAGUUCUGAAACUGGGACCCAACAAUGGCCGGAAUUUCUACACCUGCAGCUUUCAAAAGGUUAAACAGUGUGACUUUUUCCAGUGGGCAGAGAAUGGACCAGGGGUAUCCAUCCUCCCUGGUUGUUAGCAAUGCAUUACUUCUACAUGAAACCCAGAUACCUAUACUGUAUGUUCAUAUACAUUAAUGGACAUGGAAAGGGAACCGAUAAGUCAUCAUUAACAUCGUGAAAUUUGCAGAUUUGUACUAAACUAUACAUUUAUU